AUGAGGAGACCAACCCUUCAUGGUAACGAGUUUGUCUCAGCAGAGCGCAUACUACGAGCAGCUCUAGAAGAUGGACCCAUAGGGUUCAUGCUGUUGGAGGAGCCACCAUCAUCACUCCUGGCCUUUGGUUUUGUACCUACAGGCGCAGACAAAGGAGUCGAGAUGGAGGUGGAGGUAGACAAGGUGGUGACAGCUGCAGACAUACCAAAGCCAUACCAACACCUGCAAGAUGUGUUUGAUGAGGUGGAAGCAGACAAGCUGCCCCAUCAUACUGAGCAUGAUCUCCACCUCGAGUUGAUAGAAGGAGGUAAGCCACCUCAAGGGCCCCUAUACCUUAAGGGACCCAAGGAGAUGUCCGAGUUGAGGAGAUACUUGGAUGAGAACCUCGAGAAGGGGUUCAUAAGACCAUCGAAGAGCCCGGCACGAUCACCAGUGCUCUUCGUACCAAAGAAGGAUGGAGGUCUCAGACUCUGUGUGGACUACAGAGGUCUCAACGAGAUCACUGUCAAGAACAGGGCACCAUUGCCCCUCAUUGAGGAGCAGCUGUUCUUACUCAGGAAGGCAAGGAUCUAUACCAAGCUAGACCUUAGAGCAGCAUACAACCUCAUCUGGAUUGCUAAAGGAGAUGAAUGGAAGACAGCUUUUGGCACUCAGUUGGGACUCUAUGAGUACCUAGUGAUGCCCUUUGGCCUAGCCAAUGCUCCAGCUCACUUCCAGUCAUUCAUCAAUGACAUCUUCCGAGACAUCAUUGGGAUAUAUGUGGUAGUAUACCUAGACGACUUCCUGAUCUUCAGUGACACUGAAGAAGCACAUGUGAAGCAUGUCACUGAGGUCCUCACUCACUUAAGGAGCAACAGGCUCUUUGCUAAGCUGUCGAAGUGUGAGUUCCACACCAAGACAAUCGAGUUCCUGGGGUACAUCAUCAAGCCAAUGGGCAUAGAGAUGGACCCAGAAAAGGUGCACACUGUCAAGGAAUGGCCAAUGCCAGAGUCAAUCCAUGACAUCCAGAGGUUCCUGGGUUUUGCCAACUUCUAUCGAAGGUUCAUAGCCCACUUUGCUCGCAUAGCCAAGCCCUUGACAGCACUGGUAAAGCCUAUAGAAUGGUUCAAGAAGUUCGAGCUACCAGAGGAGGCCCAACAGGCCUUCCACAAGCUCAUCCAGGCCUUCACAUCAGCAGGAGUGCUUCAGCACUUCGACUACCACCUUCCAACAAGGAAGAUGUCUUCUGCCGAGAAGAACUAUGAAAUCCAUGACAAGGAGCUCCUAGCUGUGGUCGCCUGCCUUACUCAGUGGCAACACAUGCUAGCUGGACUACCAAGCCAACUGGUCAUCCUUACUGACCAUGAAGCCCUCAAGUACUUCAAGUCACAGAGAUGCAUCACAGGUCAACAGGCUCGAUGGGCCAUACUACUAGCAGACUUUGACUUCAUAUUGCAGUAUCAACCAGGAGACAAAGGUGGUGAACCCAAUGCUCUCACCAGAAGGACAGACAUGCAACCAGCUGGUGAAGAGCAGGAUCACAAUGUGAGGCAACUACUGCCUCCUCGAGUGUUCAGGGAGACAGCAGACCAUGACUCGACCCUAGUGGCCCCUAUGCUCUCGAUGGAGUCCAUAGCAUCAAAAGGUCUCAGAGACCUGGUCAAAAUCUUCCAGCCCUUAGACCAAGAGCUACAGGAGAUACAUAGGAAGAAGCCCUUCAAGGUCAAGGACGACCUAUGGUACAGUGGAGGAAGGCCCUGGGGCUCCAUAUCCCUCGACUUCAUCGAAGGACUACCACCAUCGAAAAAGUAUGACUCCAUCCUUGUCAUUGUCGACAGGCUGACCAAGUUUGCCAUACUAGCUCCAACCCAUAAGACAGUCAUGGCCAAACAGACUGCAGUGUUGUUAUAUGGACACAUGGUUAGACUUUUUGGAUACCCAGAUCACAUGGUCUUGGACCGAGGCAGGCAGUUUAUAUCAGGAGCAUGGAAGGCAUUUGCAGAACAAAUGGGUGUGAAGCACUCACUUAGCAUGGCCUACCAUCCUCAAACUGAUGGUCAGACAGAGAGGGUCAAUCAGGUCAUCGAGCAGUACCUAAGGAUGUACUGCAACUAUGAGCAGAAUGACUGGGCCGACCUGCUGGACACUGCAGCCUUUGUAUACAACAACAUGGUCCACAACAGCAUUGGUGUCUCACCAUUCUUUGCAUGCUAUGGAUGGAACCCCAAAGCUCAUCCUGACAUCCCUCAACAACUAGGAGUCAAUGAUCCAGGUCACUUCGAGUACCUCAUGGAUGGAAAGGAGCGUUGCAAGUACCUCCAGGAGCAGAUCAGAGAGGCACAAUGUAGAUCAGUAGACCAGUAUAACAGGAAGCACAAGGACAUCGAGUUUAAGCAAACCUUAGGGUGCAUGAUGUGUUCCAUGUCUCCAUGCUCGAGCCAGCAAGAACAAGUUCUCUCCCUCAACGUGCUGAACAGCCCACCAUACCAUCACUUCCAGAUGAGGACCUCGACUUCGAAGUCAAAGCACUCAUCGAAAAGCAUUCACACAAUGGGACUACAGAGUACAAAGUGUUGUGGAGAGGGUACUCAGAAGAAGCUGCUUCAUGGGAACCAGUAG